GGGAAGAAUGGCAGGAUAUAUGUGACUAGGAGGGUAGAUGAGAGGAGGUGCCCUGACUGCAUUAAAUCAGUCUACAAGUCAGGGAGGACAACGGUCAUGAUAUGGGGGGCAUUAAGUUGGGAUUACAAGUCGCCAUUAGUCUUCCUAGAGAAGCUUCCAGAACGCAAGGGCAUAUGUUCUAAAGCCUAUCUACAGCAAGUUCUUCAGCCUAUAAUCUUCCCUCUCUUUGAUGAUCUAGGGCCGGAGUAUAUCUUUAUGGAAGACGGGUCUAAGGUGUAUAAAGGGCAUGCCAAAUUACCUAGACUACAGCACAAUAUCCGAGGGUUUAAUUGGCCUCCUUCUUCACCAGAUUUGAACCCUAUUGAGAAAGUCUAGAGGUGGAUGAAGGAGAAAUUGAAAAACUUGGACUAUAUGCCCAAAAAUAAAGUGGAUUUGAAAAAGGAGUUGCAAAAGCUAUAGGACCGAGUUAACCCACGUGACUUUCGCCACUACACUAAGCAAUUGACUUGUAAGAUUGAGGAUGUAAUUAAGUAUAAGGGUAUGGCUACUAUUAAUUAAUAAUAAGUUCCAUUUUCACAG